GGGGUUUGAGAUUGAGAUUGAGGUUGAGGUUGAGGUUGAGAUAGAAAGCAAGUACCAGACGGACGAUCCAAACGCGCAAACAACAACAAAACCAUCUGCCUGUGUCUGAUUCUUAAUUCCAAUCACGUCCAGAAGCAAAUCGCACAUGUGUCUGGUGUUUCUGGUGCGUUAUCGAGGCGUCUAAGUCGCCACCGCCUCACCUCCGCCUGCCUCAAUUGUGACGGAUCUCAAGAUCUCAAGAUCUCCUCACCCACACAGGGAGAAAGAGAGACUCUCAUCCAAUCAGCGUGUCAAUCUCAGUCUCAGGUCUCAGAUCUCAGACUUCAGACUCAAGCACAAGCUCCGGAUUGCCACUCUUCACCAUGUCGAUGUCGGUCCUAUCACCCUUCUUCUUCUUACUUCUGGACGACUCAUCCGUUUCUCAGUAUUAACAACAAACAACACACAAACCACCGUCAUAUUACUCCUCUCUGUGUCAUGAUCCUCUCUUUCUGAGACUUCUUAAUGACAUUUCCCCUCCUUCUUCCUCUCUUCUGAGUCGCUUCAAAAGACUCCUCUUCACAUUCACAGACUCAUGACUGACGCUUGGCAGGAACCUCAUCUGCUACUGUCAAUUUAAACUUCUUGAUUCCUCUUCAGGAUUCUCUUCUUUGUCCUCUAUCUGUCGUUUUGGAUCAUGGCCGAGGUGAUGUAGAGUGAUUGGUCUUUCUCAGAGAUCUCUCACUCACAAAGCUUGAUCACUUAGGUCUUGUACCGAAGAUCUUGAUCAUCAAACCUUGAACCUUGAUCAUGGACAUCUCACGUCCCCGUUCCCCACCAAAGGGGCCUGCUCAAUCUCAUCGGAAUAGAAAUAGACACCGCGGAGACUACAAAUCUCAUAGCUCUCAGCCUCCGACCCCCUCUAAUGAUGAGUGGAAGCAAUGGCCUUCAGUCAAAGCUCGAAUCCCCAAUCUGCCUCACGGCACUACAACGUGGGACAUCCAAAAGAACCUCUCACAAUUUGGGAAUCUAGACUUCAUCAAGAUUGAACAGACCCGUCAAGGAGACUUCGCCCCGACUGCAAUUGUCACCUUCAAACCACCCCCGCGGACAAAGGUCCCGUGGGAGCGACCAUAUUGCCAAACUGGAGUUGAAUUCCGUACCAAACGAGCAGAGACCGAUCCUGCAACAGGAAAGGAGAAAGAGGUGAUUCACAAUUGGAAAGUCUUUGUCAACUACCUUAAGCAAAGACCCCCACCCACAACCUACAUCCACCCCGUCCACGGUCAGCCUGCUGUCACGUUUCCCACCGAGAUGACUAUUCGCGGCCAAAGUCUUGACUUCGGCUACCUGAAAACAAGCACUUCCAUGACUGUCAUGAAGUCGGUCCAGAGACAACGCCAUCAGUCCCAGAUUCGACUUGCCUUGAAUCCGUCCAAAAAAGAACUCACAAUCUCCUUUCCCUUCCUCAUCAACUCUGUCAAUCAAGACAAUACCCCGAAGCAGGUCUACAGACAGUAUCGCUUCCACAUCGCUCUCAAUGACCCAUUCUUCAUCUGCCAGUCUACCUGCGAUUCCAAGACCUCACUCAUUCUCCAUGUUAAGACUCCUCCCUGGUAUUCCAGAAAACUCCAAGAUGCCAUGCAGUUAAGCCAUGACCUAGAGUCCUUCACAUGGAAUAUCGAGGACACUUGGUCUCGUCAGACCGAUAUCGUCGACGAGAAAAGCACCAUCGACAAGAUCAAUCGCCUUCCCAUCUCAACCCGUAAGGAGCUCAACGCCAUCAAUAUUGCACGCUGGACGGCCUUUCGAUUUACCUUACUUCCCAAAGAGGAACCCCAGUCAUCCAUGACUCUUGACCAUUUCCUCAAAGCUCUGGAAGCUUUCAACGUCCACGUGCUUCGUGACGAUACUUUCACCUUUGAACAAGGUCAACUGUACGAGGCGCCUCUCUGGGAUUUACUCGACGCGGGAGAUACCGUCGAGUCCCUCACCGAUCAGAUGUCUGCACUCUCCUUGUCAUUUGAACUGAGAUACCAACUCGAGGUCUGCAUCACCCGCGGUUGGUUAAAUGAAUAUCUCAUCGGCCAGUCCUUUUUGCAGCAACUCAUCGCGCUGCCUGAACGCCGUGCCAAACAGAUCUUGAUCCAUGUCGACGCUCACCAACAACGUGUCUAUGACCCUUGUGACAUUUUUGAGGAUCUCCGGUAUCUUAGACCUGUCAGAGCCUCCACCAUUCCACCCUAUUGUGUCGAGGUCUACUCGGCCACAGUCACCGCAACCGGUAUUGUUCUACACACUCCCACGGUGGAGAUCGCAAACCGAGUCAUUCGGAAAUAUCAGCGCUACGCCGAUCGUUUCCUCAGAGUUCGCUUCGAAGAUGAUGUCUAUCGCGGUCAGGCCAGAUUGUAUCCUUCCACGAACAAAAAAAUGAUCAACGUGUUCAAGCGAGUGUAUCGCACCAUGAAGCAUGGUAUCGUCAUCGCUGGACGUCAUUAUCAAUUCCUCGCCUGGGGCAACUCUCAACUUCGAGACCACGCCGCACAUUUCUUUGCACCUACCUCAAGUAUCACUAUCGAUACCAUUCGUGAAAGCAUGGGUACGUUUGAUCAUGAGAAAGUUGUUGCUAAGCGAGCUGCCCGGAUGGGUCAAUGUUUCUCCACCACCAGAGCCAUUUCUUUAAUCACCCCUACACACGAGUGGUCAUCAAAAGUCAUCGGUGACAUCGUCAGCUUUGGCUAUACCUUCACUGACGGCGUUGGAAAGAUCUCUCCAUUUGCCGCCGAGUUGAUCAAGCAAGAGCUCAAACAUCCCGGUCCAGCACCAUCCGCGUACCAAUUCCGACUUGCUGGCUGCAAAGGAGUUCUUGCUAUUGACAAGAGCCUCUCCGGAUUGGAUAUGAGACUUCGUCCGAGCCAGUUCAAGUUCGAGAGUUCCUCUACUGAACUCGAAAUCAUCCGUGUCUCGGUGUAUUCCCAGAGCACCCUCAAUCGUCAGUUGAUCCUGGUCCUUUCAAACCUUGGCGUUCCCGACCACAUCUUCCUCAACAAACAAAAGGACUGCAUUGAAGCUCUCAAUAAGGCCCUUGUAGAUGAUGCUGCAGCUAUGCGUGCUUUGCGAGAGAAUGUUGAUCCAAAUCUGGCGACUUUGAGUAUUUCCACCCUGGUGGAACACGGAUUCCGACGUACAAAAGAGCCUUUUGUAAGCUCCUUGCUCCAACUUUACCGUGCCUGGACUCUCAAAUACCUCAAAGAAAAGGCCAAAAUUCCCAUUGCCAAGGGAGCAUUUGUUCUCGGCGUUGUGGACGAAACACAGACAUUGCGUGGCCACGUUGAACACUCGAAGGAUGAGCUGGACGAGCCUCUCUCCCAAGACCAGAGAAAGGCAAUGCUUCCUCAGAUCUUUCUUCAAUAUACUGAUCCUGCUACUCAAAAGCGGAAAGUGGUUCAAGGCGUUUGCUUCGUUGCUCGAAACCCAUCCCUACACCGUGGAGACGUCAGGGUGGUCAUGGCCGUCGAUAACCCCCAGUUGCGCCAUAUGUGUGAUGUUGUCGUCAUGCCUUGCAUUGGUGAUCGCGAUUUGCCCAGCAUGUGUUCUGGCGGUGACUUGGACGGAGAUGACUAUGUGGUUUGCUGGGAUCCUGAAUUGAUACCAAAGGAGUGGACAGCAGAGGCUUUCCACUAUGAUCCCCCAACCCCGGUCACCAGAGAUCUCAUUACCAACGAUGACAUUAUCAAUUUCUUCUGCGACUACCUGCAGAAUGAUUUUCUUGGUCGCAUCGCACAUGCACAUCUCGCAGCUGCAGACUUUUUGGACGAUGGUAUUUGCAGCAAACCAUGUCUAGACCUGUUGGCGCUUCAUUCCAUGGCUGUCGACUAUCCAAAAACUGGGGUUCCUGCUAGAAUGCCUCGGGCAUUGGAACGAAAUACCUGGCCACACUUCAUGGAGAAGAGAGGCAGACCAUCGUAUCAUUCGAAAAAGAUCUUGGGCAAGUUGUAUGAUGCCGUUGAGAAGGUCAACUAUGCCCCUGAGUUGUCCGACGCUUUCGAUCCGAGAAUCCUAAAGCACCCUCCUGAAGAUGCCAUUGUGAACUUUGUCAAGGAACUCAAACUCCAAUACGAUCAAUCUAUGCAAAGAGUCAUGACUCAACACGAGAUCCAGACAGAGUUUGAAGUCUGGUCAACCUUUGUCAUGUCCCACAGUAAAGCAUUUGGAGACUUUAAAUUUCAUGAAGAAAUCGGUAAUCAUUCCAAGACGCUGAAAGAGCAAUACUACGAAGCCUUUUGUACUGAAGCAGGUUCUCGAGAAUUCGCCAAACUGGCCCCCUAUGCCGUGACUGCAUACCAUGUCACACAUACUGAAGUGAAGACAGCUUUGGAGGCUUGGGAGUCGGAGGAUGCCAGCGAGGGUAGUGAUGAGGAAGAGCAAGAGGUAGAAAUCACCCAUCCUCCUUUCAUCAGUUUCCCCUGGAUUCUGCAAGAAGUCCUUGAGAAGGUCGCCAAGUGCACUCUAUCGGAUGAAGAACUGAAUGAGCUUGAGCCUGCUGCUCGAGUUGCAUAUGAAACCGCGUUCAACGAAGCGAAGAAUUCCGGUGAUGACUUUGCAUUCUGGACUUUGAUGAAGGACUUUGAUCCUCAUCAUUUGGUAGUGAGAGAGUUGUGCAAGGUCAACAGUGAAGAGGCUGCGAAGGGAUUGGAGGUUGCAGUGGAGGUGAAUGAGGUUAACAGCGGAACGGAGGAGAGUGAAGCUGAGGCUGUCAUUGCCGUCACCACAGCAUCAGCACAAGAAGUCGACACAGUUGCCGAAGAAAAGGACAUUUUUCUUGCAACUGAGAAAAUGGUUGAAACUCUUAUUUUGGAAGAAAAAGCAGAACAGAACGGUCCAUCAGAGACUGUUUAUGAUUUUGGAGAUGACGAUGAUGGCGGCUUCACGUACUAGGACAAGACAGGACAGGACAGGACAGGACAGGACCUUAGGCCAUUACCUGGGAGGCUUGGACCAUGACGAUGAUGGCGACUUCACGUGCUAGAACAGGACCCUGGGACAUGACCUACAUGGUAUUGAGCAUGACCCGCGAGGCAUGAACAUACUGUAGCAAGAGUCACAAACAAACACAAUUCAACACAGCAUAACACUAC